GGACAAGGACAUCGAUGAGAAUAGUAGGGCGGGUUUGCUGUGGUUUGCACGGCAAAGGACUGGUUGACAACGCAAAGUAUUGUGGGUAGAGGACGAGCUUCAAAUCCAGCAUGGCGGCCGGACCGAUAGCAGAAAGGAAUCAAGAUGCGACCAUAUAUGUUGGAGGUCUUGAUGAGAAGGUGUCAGAGGCCUUAAUAUGGGAGCUUUUUCUCCAAAGUGGUCCUGUUGUAAAUGUCCACAUGCCAAAAGACAGAAUAACCCAGCUCCACCAGGGCUAUGGAUUUGUGGAAUUUCUGGGGGAAGAAGAUGCUGAUUAUGCCAUCAAAGUGAUGAAUAUGAUCAAGGUUUAUGGCAAACCUAUUAGAGUCAAUAAGGCCUCUGCACAUAAUAAGAACCUGGAUGUCGGUGCCAACCUAUUUAUUGGCAACCUUGAUACUGAAGUGGAUGAAAAGCUCUUGUAUGACACAUUCAGUGCAUUUGGAGUCAUUCUACAGACCCCCAAGAUUAUGAGAGAUUCAGAUACAGGCAACUCGAAAGGGUUUGCUUUCAUCAACUUUGCGAGUUUUGAUGCAUCAGAUGCAGCAAUUGAGGCUAUGAAUGGGCAAUACCUCUGUAAUCGACCAAUCACAGUCUCGUAUGCAUUCAAAAAGGAGUCCAAGGGAGAGAGGCACGGUUCCGCCGCAGAGCGUCUUCUCGCUGCUCAGAAUCCACUGGCUCAAGCAGACAGACCUCAUCAACUAUUCGCCGAUGCUCCACCCAUCCAAACUUCAACCAGUCUCCCGCCAAUGAUCCCCCCAGUGGGAAUGCUUGGCCACCCCCCUAUGGGUGCCCCACCCCCACCUCACUCAAUGCCCCCGCCAGGAAUGCCGCCACCAGGCAUGAUGCCCCCCCCUGGUUUCCCACCCAUGGGUAUGCCUGGUAUGGGUGGGAUGCCUCCACCUGGUAUGCCUCCUCCAAUGCCACCAGGCGGUAUGCCCCCUAACAUGGAACAGCCCCCUCCCCCUCCGCCCUCAUCUGGUGUGUCAAACUCUGGUAUGAUGCCUCCUCACAUGCAGAAUCCGCAGAUGGCACCGCCUCCGCCUGGCAUGAUGAAUCCUGGAGACAUGUCUUUCAUGCAGCAUAUGGGACAUCAGAUGAUGCCUGGUAUGAUGCCGCAACAAUUUCCACCCAACUUGAUGUGGGGCAUGACUGGACAAACGCGUCCACCUCCACCACAGAUGCCGCCAAAUCAAGGUAAUUACCAACAGUCUUAGAAGAAGCAUCAACCCAUGAUAACAAGAAGAGUAAAGAAGAUAGAGGAGAUUAUAUGCUUGAAUGUUCAACAUGAGUGACAGCUAUAAUUGUAUUUCUGCAUUCAAGUCAUAACACAUCUCAUCAGCAUGGACAUUGCAGAUGAAUAGCCCUUGCAUCCAUAGUGGAUGUUUCAAAAGUAACAAGUGAAAUUGGAUUAGAUUCAAGAUUUCUAGACCUCUUGAUCAACCCCUUGGAAGCUUGUCUCAUCAAAAUCUACAUUGCUUGUAGAGCUAUAGUGCCAACCCUCCAGGAUUUGACACAUAUUUUGUACAAAGUCUUACCAAAACCUAGUAAAAUGUUUUUAAACAA